UCGUCUCUAAGGUAGGCGGGGAACGUGUCUCGCGGUCUCCGCCCUGCGAUUAAAUUUCUCUGUGUGUCUGGUAGGAGAUAGGCUAUAAGUAGGCAGUUACUACCGAACUCGAAUCAUUACAUUGAAUAAAACAAGUCUGCAAGGUGGAGUAGUCAACAUUCCUUUAUCCGCGUCGUUUUACUCAGUUUGUUUCCUGUCGCAUUCCAUUCCACUGAAAGGUUAUAGGCACAAGCUAUAGCCUAUUUUUUUGUUUUAUAGAUAGGUGCAAACGGUAUUUCGCGUUGUUCGGACAGAUUACUGAAACUGAGUGACCGACCGCAUCGUCAGUGCGAAGGAGAGAAGAUCCGUGGGGAGUAGCCUACUGGAGCGGUACCAGUUGAGAUCAAAAUGAAUGAGACGGACCAUCAUCUACAUCUUGUAGAAUAUGACUUUGAGCGGCGAUUUGACGAGAGGGUCGCAAUCGAAUGGAUGCAAGAAAACUGGAGCAAGUCGUUCGUGUUCUGUGGCCUGUACGCAGCGGCCAUAUUUGGGGGCCAGCAUUUUAUGCGGGAGAGGCAGAAGCUGGACUUGCGCAAGCCAUUGGUGCUCUGGUCACUUGGACUGGCCCUCUUCAGCAUCAUCGGGGCGGUGCGGACCGGCUGGUACAUGCUGCACGUCCUCAACACCAGCGGCUUCAAGCAGUCCGUGUGCGACCAGAGCUUCUACAGCGGGCCCGUCAGCAAGUUCUGGGCCUACGCCUUCGUGCUCAGCAAGGCCCCGGAGCUGGGUGACACGGUGUUCAUCGUGCUGAGGAAGCAGCGGCUGAUCUUCCUGCACUGGUACCACCACAUCACCGUGCUGCUGUACUCCUGGUACUCCUACAAGGACCGGGUGGCUGGCGGCGGCUGGUUCAUGACCAUGAACUACCUGGUGCACUCGCUGAUGUACAGCUACUACGCGCUGCGGGCGGCGGGGGUGCGCGUGCCCCGCCCCUACGCCAUGAUCAUCACCACCUCCCAGAUCGCCCAGAUGGCCAUGGGCCUGACCGUCAGUGGCCUGGUCUACCUGUGGAUGCAGGAGGGCCACUGCCCCUCCUACCUGGACAACAUCGUGUGGUCUUCCCUCAUGUACCUGAGCUACCUGCUCCUGUUCUCCUCCUUCUUCUACCAGGCCUACCUCAAAGGCCCCCAGGCCAAGGGCCCCAAGGGAGAGUAGGCCUCUGCCCCAAGUGCAGGUCCCCCCCCCCCCCCCCCCCCAAGCGAGCAAGGACGUCGUAACUCAGUGCGCACUGACUCUUCGGUUUUAUUUCCGGGUUCCUGCUGCUGUAGCAAGUCGGGCUUUGUGUCCAGAAUCCCCCCCCCUUGCCUUGUUUUCCCUGGCAACCCAAAGGAAAUGCAUCUGUAAGCUGUACCAAAAAAAAAAAGAAUUUGUUUUUUUUAAACUCGAUGCAAAGCAGAGGUAUGUGCAGGGCUAUCGCAGGUGAACGCGAUGGCGUGAUCGAUCAAGGGUUAUUCUGGGUAUUAGUGAUAAGUUCAGUACACCUGUGGGUAUGUUGCCACCGGCAACCUCAUUUUGACAGGUUGGUGUUUUUCUUUUGUUAUCCUGUUUAGCAUAGUGAGCUGUGAACACACCAGAGGGUCUGGCUUGUGUUUUUGAAUUAGGGGGAUCACCAUGGCCAGUUCUGCACACACCCCAACGCUUUUUUUUUUUUUUUUUUUUUUUACAAAGGGAGCUUCUCUGCCAGGCCUCAGACCUGGCCUGAAGGUAUCAGUUGUAGUAUCAGUUUCACAAACUAGGGUUUCAUCCAAUCAGUUGGCUGGAUUUGAUUGCAGUGGCACAAUGGGUGCUGCACAAAAUGAAGGAUGUUUUAUUUCCAUUUUAUCACUGCACUUUAAUUGAGCCAGAAAGGCAGAUUGAUUUUUUUAAAGGACAUCCUCAGCUUAAUAUUGUUCACUUCCUGCAUCAUAAAUGAGCACAAAACAACAAGCCAUUGUACUACAUCCCCCCCCCCAUUCUGCAUGGUAAAGUCUCAUUUGCUGCAAGUGAAUUGAAACUACUUUUGUCCCAUUUUUAAGUAUCAGUAUUAAGGCUUUCGCCUGGGUGCACCCGCCAGACGAAAGCUUCAUUUUUGUUUUUUUUUUGUUGUGGAGAUGGCGCGACACAAAGCCGCGGUCGACGCCUCCGAUUUGUUUGCAUUCCGCCAGGCGUACUGUGGAUGUGCACAACCCUGUACCGAGUUUCUGUGCCGACCAGCCGAACCGCAUUCCUCUCCGACCUCAUGUGUAAAAUAUGUCCUCACCCGCUCCCCCCCCCCCCCCCUCCGAACACGCCCGAGAGGAGCCAGCAGUGUUCCGAUGACGCCGUGCGGCCUCCAAACCCUGUUCCCUUUUCUCACGUCGUUCCCCUGACUGGCGCUGCAUCUCUCCAUCUAGAACCUUCCUUUCUUUCCUUCACCCCGCCCCCCCCCCCGCUCAGUACGCGGAAGCCUCUCGCCUGCCGCGUGACGGACGUCGCCGUGACUACCGCGAUGCGGUCCGAGAUGAAGCGCGCACGUAGAGGCCGCCCGAUGGAAAAUUGGCGGGUGGUUUUUGGGAGGUGGGUGUAAAAGCCUGGUGACUCAUCCCUGUGCUUGGUGCGGAACCUGCCGGUUAAUUGCCCGGUCGUCGCCGGUAACGCCGAGCGACUGAGGCAGGCCCGGUUCACAGGGAAAGGCUGUGGGAGGACGUUAUGGUAAUGAGCUCUCAUUCUGCCUCUCUAUUGCAUACCUUUCUGUAGUCUCUCGUCUGCACCUCCUUCAUAAAUGGUAGUUUGAAGGGGGGGGAUAUUGCUGAGUGGACAGUGAUAAAUAAAUGAAUGGGUGUGAGUAUUUGGAUUCGAUGGCUAGAUUUUCUCCAAAAAUGGUCCGAGAAUAGUCCAAUCGCUUGUAUCCGCAACUCCUUGAUCUUAUGUGCAGGUUUUUUUUUUUUUUUUUUUUUAAGCAGUUUGUUUAUUUUUGUAUGUGUGUGUUAUGAAAUGCGAUUGUAACUAGCGAUUGUACUUCUGUGUAUCGGGUGACUUGCUGUGAAGGCGUGCGGCCAAAUGCUGCUCACCGACUGUUGGCGUGAAAUUUUAGGGUCCUUUCUGAUGGCGGUGAAGGCUGUUUGGUUACCAACGCGGCUCCUGACGUGGUUUGCUGGGAGACGUGGUGGCGUAUUUAUUUAUUUAUUCAGUCCUGAUCUUCGCGGCGCUGGUGUUCUGUGCACACUGGAAGCGGAUCGUGGUUUUAGUGCCGCUGCUGCUAGAGCCAAAUCAGAACUCGAUGGUGUUUCGGCGAACGCCGUCCAAUCGGAGUCGAUGAAAUGAAAGCAGCCGCCCUCCUGUAGCCGGCACCGCAGUGUUCAUCGCGUCUCGACACCCAGGUGCUGCGUUCGGGUAUGCCGCGACGAAUCGUUUAAAAAAAAAAAGCACACCUGUAUUCAUCCUUCAGUCUGCAGAGGCUGUAUUGUGGGAGUUUCUCAACCACUAUCUUAAAAAAAAAUAAAAAUAAAAAAUAAAAA